AUGAAGGUGUUUGUGGUUGCCCUCACCAUCCUCAUCGUUGCCUUCUGCUGCCAGACCUCUGCUGCUCCACUUGGCUCCGACCCACCAACCUCCUGCUGCUUCUCCUACGUCUCGCGGCAGCUGCCCCGCACCUUUGUGAAGGAUUACUACGAAACCAACAGCCAGUGCUCCCAGCCUGCUGUCGUGUUCAUCACCAGGAAGGGCCGGGAGGUCUGUGCCAACCCCAGGGAGGACUGGGUCCAGCAGUACGUGAACGAGCUGGAGCUGGACUGA